AUGCGGUUUGUGUUAAGCGUUUGUGUUCUCCUAGGAGUAUUUGCAUUAAAUUUUAACGGCGCUGUCGUUUUCAGAUUUACAAACUUUGUGUGUAUGAGCUACAACGAAUCGUGGUUCAAGUUCCAUCAAUGUCGCCUUAAGGCCAUUAGUCGGGAGAAGGUGGUCUUGAAUAUGAACGGAACUAUUCUUCAUGCAGCCCACAAAAUUCACCUUCAAGUCAAGUUGUUUAAAAAGGCAAGUGGCUUUAAGCCUUGGCUCCUGGACACCAGAAUUGAUGUCUGCCAUUUUGUGCGAACCAACUAUGACCCAGCCGUCAAAAUCGUCUUCAGUCUUUUUAAGGAAUUUUCCAAUUUUAACCACACCUGUCCCUAUGUGGGUCCGCAGAUUGUAAAGGAUUUUUAUCUAAGACAUGAAUUAAUACUCCUGCCGGUCCCAACUGGCGAAUAUAUGUUGUCGUUGAGAUGGUUGUUUGAUCAGAAACUUCAAUUUGAUACAAAUGUCAGUUAUGUUUUUGUUGAGGAUAUGAAAAAAACUUAA